AACUGUCAUAUGCUUUUAAAAUAUGACAAAAUUGCCUUCGCAUGCUUUCAUAAAAUAUCAAAUAAAUUCAAAUGAUCACUAGUGUUUAUGGAUAAUGAAAUUAAAUUUUCUCUCCCUGGAAUGGCAUUUGAUGAGCCAGACAUAUAUGAAUCUCCAAGUCCAAAAAAUUUAGAAAAAGAUAUUGAAAACAAUGAUAUUGAUGUUAACACAGCUUCUGAAAAUAUUAACUCAUAUCAUCUAGAUCCUGAUCAAGCUUUUAACAAAUUCAAAGACAAACGUGUUACUAUUUCUCAUUACUCAAAUUUUUCUGAAGAUGAUAUCAGUAACAAAUUCAAACGGGCUAACAUCCCUAAAGGAUAUAUGACAAUAGAAUAUGAUCCAGAAAAACUCCUGCAAGAGAGUCCAUUAGAAAAAUACGAGAGAAUACAAAGAGAUCUUACGGAUCUUCAAACCCAAUUGCAGCAAUUACAAUUGGACCAACAAAAUGAUCCCAAAAUAGGCAUCGACCAAUUGUACAGUAAUAUAAAACCCGAAAUUUUGAUGGCUAAUUUGGAGGAAACAAAUGAAAAAAUUAAGAAAUUACAAUACGGAUCAAUCAUGAGUGGCUCCACCGUUGACAAGGAUAUCACUAAUAUGAUGGAAGCAAUUCUUGCCGGAGACAAAACUGUCCUGAAUUCGAUUAAUCAUUUUGAAGCCACUUUGAAAGGUGAUGAAAAGAAUAAACCAGAUAAAAAUGAGGUAACGUUCGAACUCUUUUGCAAUCCAGAAUUAUUGCAAAAAUCAACAACUGAAGAAUCUUCUAGCCAAACAGAGGAAUUUAAAUCACGAGUUUCUGAAUUGACUCAAAGACUCAACAGAUUGGAAACUAUCGUAGGGGAUAGACGCUCACUAAACGAUAAAUUAUCAUGCUUUUCAGAAUACUCUACUAAUCAAAUUGAAUCGACUUCUAUCACGGACAUAGUAUCCGCCUUAAAUUUUAAAUUAUCCAUGCUGGAACGACUCGUAAACACAUCGGAGAGAAAUACUAUCGAAAACUAUUGCAAAGAUUUGAUGAUUCAAUACUCACAAUUGUUUCCUAACAAUAAUCCUAGUAGCAGCAGUAAACCGGAUGGCAAUCCAAGGCAAGAAAAUGUAACAGGGGAUCAAAACAACGGAAAAAUUAAUGCACUAAGUCCCGAGGAAAAAGAUAAAAUUAAUAAAUUGUAUGAUGCCAUCAAAUCUUGUGAAGCUGUGUGUACCGAUCUACCUAGCAUAUGCCAACGGCUAACAGACUUAAAUGGCGUAUAUAGGAAAGGUGUGGAAUUUGAAGAACUCUACGAAGAGUUAGUGGCCAAUCAAGACAGCAUUCAAAAAACGUUGAAACAAAAUGCGGACAUUUUUCAGAAGGUAAAAGAGGAAUUUAAGGACAAUACUAAAAUUAUACAAGAGAAUUGCUCCCAGUUAGAAAAAAGAAUUUUGGCAUUAAAAUAAAGAUGCUACUAUAUUGUAUAUUUUUUUUAAAGUAUUUAUAUUGCUUUGUGUAAUUGCAUAAUUUAUAUUAAAA